GCGCCGCGCACAUCUGGAUCCGACCAGAUCCGUCGGUACCGGCACGGGCAUGAAGACGACGAGCGGUGACGCUGCAUAUAAAAUGACGAACACACUGCCGGGCUGCCUCUCUUGAUCUUCCCAUGAAGCCAGAUGCCUCCUCUUCCUCUCGACGAGCGCAUCGUGGUCAUCCAGCGGCCUAAAAACAUAGCCUUGUGUGAGGCUUCGCCUCAAGCCACCCCACAUCCCUCCUCGCAGAUAUCCGCCUCUUCCAACGGACAAAUUAGCCGUGCCCCUCGUCCUCACUUUUCUCAGCCUCAUUUCUACUCACCCACCUGUAAAUCUCUGACUCUGGAAUGCAAACGCAGAGCUUCCCGUCCGCAGAGAACCACGGCCGACCGUUCCGUCGUACCGCCCGGCUACAGGCGCGUCCCGAGCCACUGCCACAGCAACGGAACCGUAACACUCAGCCCGCGACUGCCGUCCCACACGCAUACUAUCGAUAUCAGAUUGACUCUGGACAAAGGCGGAGCAGGAAUCAGCAACUCGCUCGGCCGGAGCGGAAGUGCCAAGGGUACACGGGGAAAAUGCGCCCCUCGACAUUCGGAUCAGCGUGAGAGAAGAACCGGCGGUGCAGAGGUGUCGGGCGGAGGUGAGCACAAAUCACAGCGUAGUCGACACAGUCAGCUGUCGUCAUCCGCCGGAGGAGUCCUGCGCUUUGUCCCCGCACAGGCACAGCAGCACAACCUCGGGGAUGUAAAAGAGAAAGAAAAGGCAACUUUUCGGAGCAGACCUGACCCUCAAUUCCCCUUGCUGGAUCAUAAGCAUUCCGAGCUGGGAACUGUGCAGCACAGUCUUCCCUACCACGACAAUUCCGUCCCCGUUCCCCAUGCAGCCAUCCUAAACGCCAAGCGUCCCUCUUCCUCUCCGCCUCCACCCGCACGCAUCCCCGUCUCCUUCCAAGAAUUUAGCCAGCCUCGCGCAUCCCGCCACAGAGAUCCCCGUCCUCAUGUUCUUCACGGUCUCCCCCUGUCCCCCUGCACGUCCCACGCCGGAGGGUUCCCCAGUCCCGACCACACCUGCACCAUUGACUGCACCCACCCCUUCGGAUGUGGUUGCUGGAGGUUGAUGAGGUGCAGAGGGUCUAAAGGGCACGCCUCCAGUUGCCAAGGAGGUGGAAGUAGCUCUUCCGCCUCGUUUUCUUGCGUUCAUCAUGUUGGCGCAGUAAAAAAAGGAGGCAGAGAAAUGGGCCUGAGAAAUCUGGGAGGGUGUCUUUCCACCGCUUCCACGUCUAACACUUCGUCAACCAACAGCACUGUGUCUGAACACCGAUCAAGCCUGUUCAAGCCUCUCCGCUGUGCCUCCUGCGCAAGUGAGGCCGGACACUUUGAGAGUCCCGCUAUUCUUCGUAAAAAGACGGUCGGGGGAUGCCUGCCUUGUACCCCAAUAUCCUCGUCUGCCCCUCUCCGGGCAAUACAAAGCUGUGUCACGGGUUGCAAUCCCAAAGCCUCCCACACAGGGAGCUCCACCUGCAGCUAUUGUAGCAGCGACCCCAUAGUGGUAACAUUCAACCCUCGCCGAGGUGAAGCCCCAGGACGAAGCAUCGGAGCGCCUCGUUCGGCUGCGAUGUUCCGAGCUGAUGAUGAUGAUGAUGAUGAUGAUGAUGACUACAGCGUGCGUACUAUCAGGCCUGAAGAACUGGCAAGAAAGAUGACCCAUUCAACAGCCCAAGAGAAUCACUGCGCCGGAAUAGGAAUAGGAGUGGGGAAGACGAGUUCCAAGCGGAUCCAAAAUGAAAGCCAAAGAACUGGGCUCGUCCGCCUGGACUGCCAAAAGCUCCAGGAGCACGCGCACUCUCAGCUCACAGACCACGCUGGCCGGCGGCGACUACAGCAGGACAAGACGGCCGCCCUGGAUUUCAUGGGCUGCGGGUCGGGACCGGGGUACGACGAACAACGGAGCUCGCUCAGGAGGCCUCUUCGUAAAGCAGACGACGGAGGAACGGCCGGCGCUUUUGAGCACAACCGAGACGCACCGUAUCCUUGUUCGCCUUCUCCACCUUCGCCAGUUUCUUUUUCGCCGCCGCCGUCCGCGCCCAGCACACUCAUCAAACCCGAACCCUGGCAGAGAGACAGGGAGGGCGGAUAUUCUCUACCGUCAGCACGGUCCCUUCACUUGGCUCUCAACUCACUCAACAGAGAGCAAAAUGAGGAGAAGAGCAGAAUGCACCUCUCUCUGCCACUCUCCUCUUCGCUGCCAGCCUCCCUGUCUGACGAGUCGGCGAUGACCCCCGACGCGGAGAACGCCGUGGUCAGCGCCAUCCUGCCAUUCUUGUUCCUUGGAAAUGAAAGGGACGCUCAAGAACUCGAUCUGCUGUUGCGCCUCAACGUCGGCUACGUGGUCAACGUGACCACGCACCUUCCCCUCUACCACCUCAAAUCCGGACUGCAUUACAAAAGGCUGCCGGCCACAGACAACAGCAAACAGAACCUUCGGCAAUACUUUGAGGAGGUUUUUGAGUUUAUUGAGGAAGCAUAUCAGAGUGGGCAGGGUGUAUUGGUGCAUUGCCAGGCAGGCGUGUCCCGUUCUGCAACCAUCGUCAUCGCCUACCUAAUGAAGCACACCCUCAUGACCAUGACGGACGCCUACAAAUACGUGCGCAGCCGUCGUCCUGUGGUGUCGCCAAAUCUAAACUUCAUGGGGCAGCUUUUGGAGUUUGAGAGGGACCUCAACUCUGGCGUGACUCCUCGCAUCCUGAUGCCUAAACUUGACGGUGUAGAGACCCAGGUAAUGAAAGGAGACACCCCGGUGAACAGCACCAUGAGUGUCGGCCAGGCCAGGAAGCUGGUUGAGCAACUGAAGAUCGAGGCCAGCUUCUGCAGGAUAAAGGUAUCCAAGGCGGCCGCCGACCUGAUGGCAUACUGCGACGCCCACGCCUGCGACGACCCCCUGAUCACACCCGUGCCCACUUCGGAGAACCCGUUCAGGGAGAAGAAGUUCUUCUGCGCUCUCCUUUGAGCUCCAUCAGAGAUUGUUAGUACCCUUCCAAGAAGUACAAAUGCAGAGUACAAUGUGCAUGUGUACGACCAACUACGGUUUGGUGCCCAUGUGCAGUACAGCCCAACACAAAAUGAACAAGAGCGAGUUGCCAGUCGAUCACGAGUUGCCAGGUCAAAAGGAAAAUAAACACGCACACACCACACAAAAAUUGUCAUCUGUAAGGAAACAUCCCAUUUUUAAAUAUGCCACUCACUUUGGAUCAACACUAACUCAGAGGGUAUAUUGAUGUGUAAGCAUUAUGAAUGUUUAUUUUAUUUGGAAUGUUAGUCCAACAUUAGAUUUCUAAUAAUGGCUGUUGAUUCUUUAAAGUCAUUUAUGAGUGAACUGUCAUCAGGUCAAAGUAAUAUUCAGAUUAUGUGUGUGUGUUUGUGUGCGCGCUCCUGUCCAAUAUGUGGUUUAGUGCAAAGGUCAACAAAAGUGUGUAAACACAGAAGCCGCCAAAAACAUUCAAACGUGCAUCCAACCACCAGCGCCACUUCAUUAGGUACACCCCCGCAAGCCAAUUAUUCAUAUACAAUCCUUAUUUUGACAUUAGAAACCAUCAGAGGUAUUAUACAUGUAUUAUUCACUGAGUGUAGUAUUUUGACAAACAAUGCCAUAGACCAAUUUUGAGGUGUGGAAAAUCUUGGGGUUUGUCCAUAUGUAUGUAAUAAAUUGUCGUCGUCUGUGUCCCACCCUUCCCUUCGUUUUUAAAACAUGUUACAUGGAGGUGUUUAUCCAACAAUGUUAAUUAUUGUGGCUGUAGUUUCCAGUUGCGUCAGUCAGUCGACGAUACUUAAUAAGCCAUUGUAAAUAGUUUGCCCUAAUAAUAUUGGGUUACUGUCUUUUGAUACAGCUCUUGUAUUGAAUAUCAGAUCAGAUUGUGCAGGCGUAUCUAAUCAAAUGGACCAUGAGGGUAAUUACUGUACAUACAGUAUUAAAAUUAAAAUACAGUGUAGCAGUUCCAAUAUAGUUACUGCACAUCAUUUUCAUCCUGAAAUGGCAUUCCCAGGAAAACACCUGAUAACAUUCUUCAUUUUAAAGGCAAGAAUGGAAAAUCUUGCCCAUUUCCUUGGUUACUGCUAAUUUUGCGGCGUUAUUUUUGGAAUCCUUGCCGAAUUAUUUCAACAUUUGGGAAUACAGCUGCGUCAUUUGAGAGGAAAAAAUCACCACCACAGAACAUCAAGUACUGAAAUAAAACCUGCGAUGAAAACACAUCCCUUCGAUUGUGGUUUUAUUUGACAA